AUGCAGACGACACCACCAUUCUGGCCCCAGCAGACGUACCCUCCUCCACGCCGGGUGUCCAGAGUCUCCUGGACCAGAUUGACUGCUGGGCAAGAACGAACUGCCUCUCAAUUAGCUUCCACGAAAGUGCUGCAAUGCGAGUUUCCAAAAGCCGUUGCACCGUUCCUCCUGCAUACUACUUGUCAGGCUCUCCCAUUCCUAGAGUUCAGUCUCUCCCAAUCCUUGGGGUUGUGUUCAGUUCAACUCUGGACUUCUCACCUCAGAUUGCAGAGCUUCUUCGUGGAGGUGUUCCUCCCGCGUGGGACUGUUCUGCUUGCUUGUGUGUUCUGCCCACCCAAUCGCCGCGAAGAAUCGUACUCACUCUUGGACGCUUCGCUCUCUCGCGUGAGAUUCGAGUGCUACAAGGAUGUCUUCCUCCUUGGCGACUUCAACUCCCACAUUGACUGGUGGAGCCGCCAAGAACCUUAUCCUAGCGACCUCACCGAUGAUAUCCUCCUUGACGUCACAUCUGCUGUGGGCCUCCAACAAGUGUGCCGCUUUGCCACCUACCAAGCCCAGCUUGCGCAGGGCCGUGCCUCAUCAUUUCUCGAUCUGGGUUUUACCACAGACAUCACUCGGAUGCUCUCCUGUGACGUGUAUCCUGGCCUGUCCGGGAGCGACCACCAAGCAAUAGAGGUUGAGUAUGCCACUUGUCUCCCUCUGAAAGGCCGGUUCGCGCGGACUAUGUGGAACUUUUAUCGGACCGACCAUGCCCAUAUGGCUAAGUUAGCACAUCUUGCACCCUGGUGUCUUACCACUGGGGACGAUUGCGCUGACAACUACGAUCUCUGGUGCGACUUUGUUGGCGCCAUCCAGAAAGAAAGCGUGCCCUGCUCGCGUAGUUCCACACGAAGGAAGAGGUCCCCUUGGAUCACCCCCGAAAUCAGGAAAAUGGCUGGCCAGAAACGAGCCCUCUUCAAACGUGCCGCUCGUGCACAAUGCCAGAUUUCACUUCAGAGGGCUAAAGAUUUGCAGCGCUCAAUCAAGUCUUCCAUCUCUCGUGCUCACAGUGCUUACGCCCACACCAUCUCUAUGAAGGCAAAAAAGGACCCUAAGCUGUUCUGGCAGUAUUUCAAUGGGCUUCAGUCUAGCCGACAGCGUCCCUGUUUCUCCAGAGACCAUCACCCCAUCACGUCCCCCAGGGACAUAGCCCAACUCUUCGCUUCACGGUUCUCCUCUGCUUUCAGCCACAACUCCUCUACUCCAGAUCCCGACCUUCUUGUGCAGACUAUCGAAGCUUCCACCUCCCAACCUGUAACCUGCCUUCCAAAUUUGUGCUUGUCUCUCGACGACCUGCAUGAAGCUGCCCGACUGAUCCGGCCCUCCCACUGUGCUGGGCCUGACCUGCUCGCCCCUACUUUCAAGUCCCUAUUCCCUUACCUAUCUUUCUCCUUGCUCUCACUUUUCCAAUCCUUUCUCGACCACUCCUACGUGCCCUCCGCGUGGAAGAAGGCCCUUGUGACACCAGUUCACAAGGGUAAAGGGAAACCUCUCAACGACCCUUCCAGCUACAGGCCCAUCUCUAUUACUUCUAUCCUCUGCCGCACUUUCGAACGCACCAUCAACCAGCACCUUCUUCGCUUUCGGGACAACAACGGCCUUCUUUCUGCCUCCCAGCAUGGUUUUAGGCCCAAUCGAAGCUGUGAGUCAGCUCUCGCUACUAUUGUUCACCACAUAGGCAAUAACCUGGAUAACCUUUCCCCAAGUGAUAUCAUUCAACUAGACCUGUGCAACGCCUUUGAUUCCCUCGACCACUGUAUCCUCCUCCAGAAAAUCGCUCAAUCCGGUAUGUAUUCGUGGCCCCCUGCUACUCUGGCUGAGCCGCUUUCUUAUCGGUCGCUCCCACCGUGUAUUGUUCCAUGGGAAGGCCUCCGAUGA